AUGUAUCGGUUUGAAAGUGAAGUCAGUGAACUACAAAAAAUGUAUAAUUUUAACUCUGAGGCAGAUAAUGAAACCAUAUCAUCGAAGACACCACAUGCACCACCUGAAGCUCCUGCUUAUUUAGAAGACGUAAAACUGCAAUCUGAUGGAGGGGAAGAGGUGGAAACAAGAGAAGAGCAAAAAACUAUUCCUAAUACCAAAUUGACCGCGCAGAAUCUUCCACAGCCUUCUAUGUUUGGAAAAGAAGAUUCCCGCCCCUCUCCUAGUGAAGGGGCUUCGGUUUUUUCACCAACCGCUGAAAAUGGUGAAGGAAAUAAGAAGGGAAAACGUGAAGACCGAAAAGAAAACCACAAAUUACGUGUUGCAAAAGAAGUUUUGGGCUUAAAUAAAAAAAGUACAAAAGGGAUGACACCAGAGGAAAAGGAACGAGUUUUGCUUGAAGAACGAUGGUUAAAGACUAUAGAAGAGGAAAAGCGAUUAAAUGCACUGGAAUCUCAGGUGAGAGAACGUGAAACGACAAUGCGCCAAGCUAACCUUACUCCCAACUUCCCUCCCAAGUUUCUUUGCAUAAAGCCUUUUUUACAUCAUGAAAUUGCUCUUGUUCCUGAACCAAGAAGACUAUAUGUGCGAAUGAAUUUUAUAAACUGGAUUAUUACAUGUUUGUUACUUGUAAUAAAUACAGCUAUUACUAUUGGAGUAAUUCUUGCACCUUAUCGUGAAGGUACUACGAAAAGAUUUAAUAAAGCACAAAGUAUUGUACUUUCCAUUGUUUAUCUUAUUGGAAUACCACUGAGCUUUAUUAUUUGGUAUUGGCCAGUAUACCGUGCAUGCUCUACUGGACGUCAUACAAAACAUUUGCUUAGCCUUUGUGGUUUAAUUGUGGCGUUGGCUUUUAGUGUUUUUAUCUUUGUUGGACCGUCUAACUACGGUGCCUCUGGGAUUGAUUUCGCAAGAGGUGUUUCUGAAACCAAGUCCAAGAUUCUUGUAUUACCUGUUAUCAUUGUGCUUUCUUUAUGGGGUCUAGAAGCUGUUUUUUUAUGUUAUUGUAUUGUGAAGCAAUGGAUAUUCUACCGUUUGGAUGUCAACGCGCAACAGGAGGUCCGACGUCAGAUGCGAAAUGUUAUUGGUGUAUAA